GAUAAAUUUUAAUGUAUAUCGUGCUUAUGUUUUGUAAAGGCUUUUCAACAUUAAUGUUUUGGAUAUAACCAAUCACUAACGAGAACUAAAAUAAAUAAAAAUAAAUAAAACAAAUAAGAACUACCAUCUUAUGUUAAUGAAUUCUCCAAAAUAAACGCAUAAGCUAUCGGUAUUAAAUAGUGAGUAGGCAGAUCUCUCUUAUAUCGUUUAGAAAUCGAUUCAAAUAUAUUUUAUUCAGUUUCAACUCAAAUUUGAUUUAGAACAAUUAUUGUUUUGAAAAAGGAAUAUUAACUUAUAUCUAGAACUACGGUGGGUUAGUCAUUGUUUUCACAUAUUAGGCAGGACAAAGUGCAUAAUGUUUGACGUAAUAAUUGUAAAGGUCGACAGGGACCAUGUUACAAGAUAUGCUAAUGAAGUGAGUGAUACGUGCAGUAUGACUGUACCAAACCUGCAAAUAGCCAGAAGAAGUAUCGCCGAUACCACAACGGAAAAACAUACACUCAAGUGUAAGAAGUUGUUAUUUCUACUCGGAAACGAAAAUGUCGGGAUGACGAGUGCCGUUGAAAACUGGGUAACAGCUGUGUUUCCAGGAGUUAAAGAUGUUUCAGAGAAAGUUUUGAUCGUGCAAGAAUCCAGCAGUGAGACUGAAGGACAAUUUGAUGCAUCUGAUCUUACCAAAUGUCCAGGUUUAAGACAAGUUACAGUUAAGACAUUGAAAGAUGUCUUUCAAUGGUGGCCCAAAACUAUCGACUUUUUAUUUAAGAAAACAAAACAGAGAGUUCGAGUGUACCUGACAACGGAUAUUGAAAUAAAGAAGUCAGAAGGGGAAUCUGAAAGUAUAGAUGUAGAACAAGGUCAGCUUAAAGAUGACAUCAGAAAGUUACUGCAGUUCAACAGAGCGGAAUUGGUAGACAAUGAUGGAAAGGCAAUCAGCUGCAACACCGUAAUAGUAGUUUUUGGGAAGGAAAUAUCCGUUUCCAAUACGAUGUAUAGUUCUUUGAGACGAUCAAAGAUUAAUGGAGUGAAAGUGUUUUUCUUUUUUCCUCUAGACGUGCCGACGUUUGACCGAAAAUUGAAGCGGAUAUCAAACUACCGUUUCACAGUUUCGCAACAGAUGGAGGGAAUUCUUUUCCUGAUGAGAGAAAUAGGUAUGGAGCAGUUAGAGCUGCCACCGCUCCGUAGACCUUUGAUUCCUACCGGACCACUUAGUAUUCAGUGCAAAUAUGAUGGUACGGCUGGUAAAGCCGUCUUGAAUGCUAAGUGGGCCCCCUACCCUUACGGUCUUGGGGAAACAAUAAGUCUACAAAUACGUGUGCAAAAAAAACUCUGGCACGAAAUCCAUGGUGAUCUUCCAGCAACGAAAUCUGACAUUACUGUACAACUUCAAGGUAGACCUCCGAUUGAAGCGUUUGAUUACAGGAUUAUGUGCGAAGACAAAGAUGGGAAUCUUUCAAAUUACAUCAAGGCAAGAUCAAUCAAUUUUACGUCGACCAAUCCCUGGCAAAUGAAAUAUAGUGUAUUGUAUGGCUGUGCCUCCUACAAAAUAGACAAAAUCCCUGCCCACGUGAAAUGCCAUUUUUGUGAUACGGAGGUUGAUACAGUACCAAACGGGAAUGUUCGGAAUCGAGGCAAAUGUUGGUGCCUUAUAUUGGGAUGUUUUGGAUGCUGUUGUGCGAGCAAGGAUGUCGUCCACACCUGUCCUAAUUGUCAACAAGAGAUCAGACGCUACAACGGUUCUCAAUAGGCAUCAAAAUAAACCUCGUGUUUUAAGACACUUGCAGGAAAAACUUCACAAACGCCAGCUACAAUUAGUUGCAAAUGGUCAAGUGUCACGUGUUUUGCAUUUUUUUUAUUAUUUAUUUUUGUUUGUUUGUUUGUUUUUAGCAAUAUUUAUAUCAAACUUUCAAAUGUAACAUUCCUUAUAGUUCACAUGUCAUACCAACGUUUGUAAUGAUUUUAUGCAAUUUUCUGGUUGCCGUUUGAAAUUUUAUUUUUGUUUUCCCUGUGUAUUUGGAUGCUGCGCCGCACGGAACGUCUUUAUUGAUAUCAACAGGAUUUUUAGCUCACCAGAGCACAAAGUGCUCAAGAUGAGCUAUUGUGGCCGGUCAUUGUCCGGCGUCCGUCGGCGUCCAUCGUGCGUCGUCCGUCGUCCGUCGUCAGUCGUCCGUCGUGCGUCGUGAGUCGUUCGUCAACAUUUGCAUUGUGAACACUCUAGAGGCCACAUUUAUGACCCAAUCUUCAUGAAACUUUGUCAGAAUAUUAGUCUUGAUGAUAGCUAGGUCAAGUUAGAAACUGAGUUAUGUGGAGUCAAAAACUAGGUCAGUAGGUCAGAUCAAAGGAAGAGCUUGUGAACACUCUAGAGACCACAUUUGUGACCCAAUCUUUAUGAAACUUGGUCAAAAUGUUAGUCUUGAUUAUUUCUAGGUUAACUUUGAAACUGGAUUAUGUCGGGUCAAAAGCUAGGUCAGUAGGUCAGAUCAAAUUAAAAGCUUGUGAACACUCUUGAGAACAUAUUUGUGACCUAUUCUUUAUGAAACUUGGUCAGAACAUUUUUCUUGAUGAUAACUAGGUCAAGUUAGAAACUGAGUUAUGUGGAGUCAAAAACUAGGUCAGUAAAUCAGAUCAAAGGAAUAGCUUGUGAACACUCUAAAGACCAUAUAGUGACCCAAUCUUUAUGAAACUCGAUCAGAAGUAUUGAUAAUUUCUAGGACAAGUUUGAAUCUGGGUCAUGCUGGGUCAAACACUAGGUCAGUAGGUCAGAUCAAUGGAAAAGCUUGUAAACAAUCUAGAGACUACAUUUGUGACCCAAUCUUUACGAAACUUGGUCAAAAUGUUAGUCUUGAUAAUUUCUAGAUCAAGUUCAAAACUGGGUCCUGUUGGAUUAAAAACUAGGUCACCUGGUCAAAGCAAAUGGAAAGCUUGAAUCUGGGUCAUGUGGGGUCAAAAACUAGGUCGCUAGGCCAGGUCAAAAGAAAAAAAAAGGAAAAUAGAGGCCACACUUCUGUCUUUGCAACACUCUAGAGACCACAAUUUAAGUUUAAAACUAAUGAGAAUUAGUCAGAAUGUUUGUUUUGGUAAUCUAUAGGCCAAGUUCGAAUUUGGGUCAUGUGGGGUUAAAAUCGGUCAAAUCAAAGGAAAAGCUUGUGAACACUCUAGAGGCCAGUUGUAACCAAAUCUUAAUGAAAUUUAGUCAGAAUGUUUCGCUUGAUGAUCUUGGUCAUGUGGGGUCAAAAACUAGGUCAGUAGGCCGGAUCAACUCUGGUGAGCGAAAUAUAGGGCCAUUAUGGCCCUCUUGUUUUCAAUAUGUUCUCUACUGAACAUUUGCAACGUUUUAAUUUUGUUUCUUGUAAUAUUCCACAUUACAAAACCAAUACCACUUAAUACUAUUUUCAUUUUUUGUAGAAAUUAUGAUAAAUAUCCGCGAACAGGCUCAUCAUAUUUCAUAUGACACUGUGCAUGUCGUUAAAAGCUCAGCUUAGCUAUGAACUUGAUUCUAAAUUCACGCAUGCACAAACUGACUUGUGAGCCCAAAUAUCGAAGUAUAUUUUCAUUUCAUUUCUGUUUGUUUGUUUGUUUAUUUGUUUUGGGUUUAACGCCGUUUUCAACAGUAUUUUAGUCAUGUAACGGCAGGCAGUUGCAAAUUAUAUCAUUUUUAUAAUGUAAACUCAAAAUCAUUGACAAGUAUAUAUAAUUGUUUAUUAUAUAUCGCAUGUUUAAUAAAUAAUCAGUUGCAUGAU